UGGCAAACGAUUUACAUAUCAUACAAGGAGAAGUUACUUCCUUUAGAGACAUAUUGAAUACCACAGCAGAGAACACCACACGUACUGCCAGAAAUCCACCCUGACUUAAAACCCAUGAUAGAAAAAGCAAAAUACAGAAUCAAACAAGAAAAAAGUGAGAAAAAGUUCCUGGAGACCAAAGCUUUCCGUGAUGCUCAAAACAAGCUCCAAAAGAACAGAGUUCUAGUUAUCAAGGGAAACACAGGAGAUGGCAAAACGUCUACCGCCAUUCAACUUCUACACUGGCUGGUCGAGGAGCAGCAAUGCAGACAGCCCCUUCAGCUUCAUAGAAUUAAGAAAUUAGAUUUAUUGGCUCCAAACUCUCAUCUGAUUACUUUCAUUGAUAAUAUUUUUGGUGAGAAUGAUGUUGGUAGAAAGGAUGUAGAAGAUUGGAAUAGAAGAAUUACAGAUGUAGAAACACUUUUUGGUGGUGAACAAAUUCAGGCCAAUUUUUUGCUCAUUGCAGUUCGUAAUGAAAUAUUCAAUACUUUGAAAAAAUCUUCUAUAGGAACAGUUUUCACUGAAGAUAACAUCAUUGAUCUGAGCUCAGGUAAGUACAGAAUUGCAGAAGAAAAAAAGGCACUUUUAGAGAUGUAUAAGCCAGACAAUUUCUCAUGGACAGAGGGAGAAAUAGAAAACAUUCUAUCUUAUGCCCCAUAUAUUGGAUUCCCACAAUGUUGUCAGCUUUUCUGCAAGUCUGAUGAUCAUGAGUUGCAGAAAACACGAAGUGAUUUUUUUAUGAAGCCUGUCAAAUUUUUGAAAGAAGCAUUUUCAAGGUUACCAGAAUGUUCUGCCAUUUUGUUUCUGUUCCUCAAUGAUGGGGAGAUAAAGGUAAAAGAUCUAGACCCAAAUGGUGAUAAAGUAAACAAAACAUUGUUAGAGGAAGCAUUUGAAAUUAGUUUAGUUGAUGGUGAAGUUGACAGAACUACAAUGUCAUUUAAGAAAAAGGUAGGAUUUGUGAAAGAUAGCUUAGACAAAUUAUCAGGAUUUUUGGUAAGAAAGGAGACUUAUUGUUCUAAUGAUGAAGUGUACAGAUUUGACCAUGGUUCUAUAUUAUUCACAGUAGCCCUUUUGUAUGGAGAGAAAACCCCAGUUGGUUACAUACAGAAUUGUCCCAGGAGGUUCCUCAGUUAUAUAACAACUUCAAAAACAUCUGAAAACAUGGUUGUCAUAUCAUCUGAUAAUUAUACAGACAUGUGUAAACGUCUGCUCCAAGAGUUUCAGUGUGAGGUGCUAGAGGUGAGACCUUUUGAUGACUAUAAAGAUCCAUCCACCUGGAUAGACAAAUUUGAUAUGAGAAAUGUUUUUGAUAAAGUAAGUAUUAGCAUUGGCUCUCUAGAUGUAUGGAAAGAUCCUGUCUUUCUUGAGGGAUUUUUCGAGUUGUUAAAUGAGAGAGAAGUUAAUAAACUUGAGGUGUUCAAUAAAGCAUGUUACUUCUGUGCUGAAGAAUGUGCUUUAUAUCUUCUGCGUAAGGGAGUCCAACCUGACAAGGACACAGAUUGGUGGUCAUUGAUUACAAGAGGUGGUCAUCGUAAGGGAGAUGUGGAUGUACUUAAGAAAGUUGUGAAAUACUUGAAUGAUGAGAUAAAACUUAACUUGCUAAAUGAAGCAUGUCUUUCUGGUUCAGAAAAAUGUGCUUUAUACCUUCUGUGUGAGGGAGUCAAACCUGACAAGAACACCAAUUGGUGGUCAUUGAUUACAAGGGGUAAUGUUUGGUUUGGUAAAGGAGAUGUGGAUAUACUGAGAAAAGUUUUAGAAUACUUGAAUGAUGAGAUAAAACUUAACUUGCUAAAUAAAGCAUGUCGUUCUGGUUCAGAAGAAUGUGUUUUAUGUCUUCUGUGUGAGGGAGUCAAACCUGACAAGGACAUACGAUGGUGGUCAUUGAUUACAAGAAGUGGUCAUGGUAAGGGAGAUGUGGAUGUACUUAAGAAAGUUUAUAGAUACAAGAAUGAUAGCUACUUGAGUGAUGAGGUCAAGCUUGACUUGUUAAAUAAAGCAUGUCUUUCUGGUUCAGAAGAAUGUGCUUUAUACCUUCUGUGUGAGGGAAUCAAACCUGACGAGAACACCGAUUGGUGGUCAUUGAUUACAAGGGGUAAUGUAUGCUUUGGUAAAGGAGAUGUGGAUAUACUGAGAAAGGUUUUAGAAUACUUGAAAAAUGCGAUAAAACUUAGCUUGUUAAAUAAAGCAUGUCGUUUUGGUUCAGAAGAAUGUGCUGUAUGUCUUCUAUGUGAGGGAGUCAAACCUGACAAGAACGCUCUGUUAUAUGUGGUGGAGGGUGGAAGUGUGAAAUUGUUCCGUGAACUACUUCAGCAUGAUGUCUCUCUAACAGUGACGAAUGAGUCCAAUGACAAUGUCCUACAUGUUGCGUGUCAGCGGGACAGAGAAGAGAUGGUGGCAAUGCUGUGUGAAGAUUAUCCACACUUGGUACAUGACACUAAUCAUGCAGGACAAACCCCACUUAAUUUAGCAGCAGAGAAAGCAAACUGUUCUAUAUUCAAGUUAGUGGAGAGAACUGUACUUAACUCUUUGUGUAGAGUUGAGGAUGAACAACACAAGUGUGAGACAGAAGAUGGUCGUGUGGUUCAUAGGAGUUGUGCGUGUAGUCAGUACAUGUCUCAGUUAGUGGAUAAGUAUGGCUUGGAGAUAGAUGAUAGGGGUGAUUGUAAGGUUGAACUUAGAAUGCAUUGCAUACCGUUCUAUGAAAAUGGAAGGGCGUGGACAAUAUUACAUCAGAGUUGUGCGGGAGGUAGCAGGGAUCUUUCAGUUUAUUUGUGUGAGAAAUACCCAGCACUAACCACAGUUGUAGAACGUGACGGGCGGACAGUGUUACAUGUGAGUUGUAUGUUUGGACUCAGGGAGAUGUGUGUUUAUCUGUGCGAGUCAGUCCCACAAUUAAUCACAAAGUUAGAUGAUGGUGGCUGUCAUUGUCUACAUUGUAUAGCCAUGCAUACAUUAGAUGUAGAAUUGUUCACCGAGUGUGAAACUCGUGUGAAACAGUACAUGGAGUCAUUAAAACUGAAGUAUGACAUCAGAACCAUACGGACAAGGAAGGGCCGAUCAGUUUUAGACUUGGCAAAGGCAAGGACAGAUAAGUUGACAGAGAUUAUUAGGCAGAGGGAAGAGCUGUCAUGUGCGUCAUAUAACAACCCUUUGUAUGAUCAUCUUAAAAAAGUUUUUAGUAGCUAAAAUUUGUCCUAGUUAAUAUACAUAUCAAUAUAGACCAAACAUUUAAGUAAAGUGUUAUUGCAAUUUAUUGUUUUAUAUGCUGUUAAAACAUUCCAAACAUUGUGUAACAUUCAGUAACAUUUUACUGAUAAAUUUCUAGUGAAGGAAUACCUAUCUUCUAUACCAGACUCAAAUGUCAUAAUUUUGAUGUAUAACGGUUUGCUGAUCAGUGUAUUGCCCCGUGAUCAGCAAGGGUAAUUUGGAGGCAAGGUCUCCUUGUAGUAGUUGGUAUCUACCUCUAUGAACAACACACGAGAGGCCCGUCGCCUGCUACCCAGAGGAAUGGAUAAAGGUGAAGUGUCUUACGUAAGGACAAAACUACAACUGCACAGGCCUAUUCAUUUCUCCAGCUUCCCUGAGAAACAUCAACUGAAAAUCUUAGGGAGUGUUGAACCACGGUACCUCAGAUCUUCACCAGAGAUUAGGUGGCUGACAUUCUAACCGACUUAAGCUGUUGCGGCCUCAUUGUAACAGACAUUAAUUAUAAUCAGUUACCUGUACGAGAUCCUUAUGCCAUUAAUAAAUUUUCAAAUAAGUGAUAUUGAACUACAUCUAUUAGGCUUUUAAACCCACCAUCUGAUUCAAAUUGCUCUUCAGAAGGCGUAUGUUAAAUUCCUCUUGUGUUAUUUGAGGUUUGUAGCCGUACAUAUUUCUCGAAGACUUGAUGCAUCUUUCUCAGAUUACCUAUAUAGUUUUUACCGAUGUGAGACUUUUUUUCUUUUUUCUUGGCACCUUGGUAUGUUGUGUAUGCAGGUAUAGUCCCCUGGCAAUAUUUAUUUCCUUAAUUACUGGUUAAUUCCCUAUAUGUUGUCCUUAAUUAAGAUUUGAGGAUGACCUGGUUAAAUUGCUAAGGUUGUAAUAGAUUGCAAUAGAGUGUCUUGUAUCAAAGACCUUGACUGAUUUCAAAAGCCAUUGACAUAAGGUAAUGAAUAUCUAGAAAUUUAAAAUAUAUGUAGUGGUAAGAUAGAGACAGAUAUUUUCCAUCUCUAAAACUGGGUUUUGAGAUCAGGCAAAAACUGACAAAAAUUAAAUCGUGUUGAUAUUCCAC